AUGGCAGCCGAAGGAAGACGAGGGAAAGGGCAGGAAGAAGCCCAGCAUACAAGCGAAGAACGAGGGGAAAGUGGAGCAGUUUUAGAAAUACUUAAAUGGAUGACAGAAAAAGAAGAAAAAGAGCGCCUCUAUAGAGAGGAGCAGGAUCGAAAGAGAGACGAGCAGUUUAUGCAACUAAUAGCCACACUUGGAAAAAAGCAAUCCGACAUAGAAGAGCAAGUAAAAGCACAAGAGGCGCAGCGAAAACAAGAGGAGAAGGCCCAGUUGGAGAAAAUUAUUCGUCUUCAGAAUGAAGAGCGGGAAGCCAGAGAGCGAGAAAGGGAGUAA